AUGGACUUUCUCGAUAUUGAAAUUUUGGAUGUGGUCCCUCUGUCUGUUAUUCCAGGCGAAGCCCCUGACUCAAAUCAUCCAAUGGAUGCAUCAGCCUCUGCAUGCCCCACUCAAGGUAACAGCUCUAGUAUCCCUUCUAGCUCUACUCAUGCCACUAGUUCUAAGGAAGAUAUGCACCACACUGAUCGUGUCAUAAGAAACCUAGUCACUAUAAUACUUAAUGAAGGGCAUUCGGACAUAGCUGCUGAAGGUUUAUGCUCUCUAGGGAAAACUGUGUCUGGUAAAAAAUUUGUGGCAUCUACAACUGCCAAUGCUUCACAAUCUGAGAAGCAUGAUUCUGCAAACAAUGUGAUUGACCUAGAGGAUGAUAGGUCUGAUGAUCAAGAUGAUAACUUACUUCAUCACCUAAAUCCUAGUAUGGCUAAGCGUAUGAAGACUAGAAAAGGUAGAUCUGUGGCUGAAAUGAUGACUACUGGUGUAGGUCCUUCCAAAUCUUGGAGCAAAGUUGAUGUGAAGAAGAGGAAGGUUAGAGAAAUUUCUGAGUCUGAUGGAGAUGUUGAGGAAAAUGUCCCUGACAUCUCCCUUGUGAAGAGGACAACUGUGAGGAAGUUCCCUGUUAAAGUUGCUGUUGUGCAUUUGGACAAUAUCUCUUUCCAUCUUAAAGAUGGAGCUGCCAAAUGGAAGUUUGUGAUUCAAAGAAGGGUGGUUGUAGAGAGAGAGUUAGGAAAGGAUGUUGUUGAAGUUAAAGAGGUCAUGGACAUAAUUAAAAAUACUGGGUUAAUGAAGACUGUGGCUGGGUUAUCUCAGUGCUAUCAGGGACUGGUUAAGGAAUUCAUUAUCAACAUUUAUGAAGAUAUUGCUGAUAAAAACAGCAAGGAAUUUUGCAAAGUUUUUGUGAGAGGUAAGUGUAUCACAUUUUCUCCCACUGUCAUUAACAUGUUUCUGGGAAGAGGUAUAGAGGGUGCAUGUGAAUUGGAAGCUACAGACAAUAAGGUCUGUAGAGAAAUUAUAGCAAGGCGGGUGAAGGAGUGGCCUAGUAAAAAGCAUCUUCCUGUUGGGAAGCUGACUGUUAAGUAUGCCAUAUUGCAUAAAAUAGGAUCUGCAAAUUGGGUGCCUACCAACCACAUUUCCAUAAUUUCUAAUACCCUUGGAAGAUUCAUCUUUGUUGUUGGAACCAAACUCAAAUUUGACUAUGGUAGGUUUAUGUUUGAACAGAUUGUCAAGCAUGCUUUUACUAACAUAGUGAAACUGCCUAUAGACUUUCCCUCCAUGAUUUGUGGGACCAUCCUGAGUCAACACCCUGGGAUUCUGAGUACUAAUGACCUACCAAGUAGAAGAAAACCUGCUCUAUCAGUACACUAUAAAUUUUUUGAAGGCAGUCAUGUCGAAGACAUUGUCAUGACAUUUGCUGUGAAAAAGCCAGCCCCAAAAGGUGGGCUUCUUGCUAAGCUGAAGGAAAUAUGUAAAGAGCUGGGUGCGAGAAUAAGGGUAGCAACAACCAGGAAAGAAUCGUUGGAAGCCCUGAUUGCAAGCUUGGAGCAAGCUGAAGGUGAUAAUAUUGAAUAG